AUGGCUACAAUUGCCCUUCGCUCAUCUCUGACGGGCACCACCCUGCGUGCCGGUGUCUCUACAGCUCGUGUUAACACUGCAGGCCUCUCAGGGAUCGCCGGUUCUCGCUUCUUUGCUGCAAAGGCUACACUUCCGGAUUUGCCAUAUGACUAUGGAGCACUUGAGCCCUCCAUCUCCGGCAAAAUCAUGGAACUUCACCACAAGAAGCACCACCAGACCUAUGUAAACUCCUACAACGACGCUGUCCAGAAACUCGCCGAGGCUCAGGAAAAAUGCGAUAUCCAAUCUCAGAUCUCUCUGCAGCAUCUGACGAACUUCCACGGCGGUGGCCACAUCAACCACUCCCUCUUCUGGGAGAAUUUGGCUCCAAGCAAGAACGGCGGCGGUGAGCCACCUAGUGGUUCUCUCUCCAAGGCCAUUGACGAUGCGUACGGCAGCUUGGAUGAUUUUAAGAAGAAGUUCAACACGGCGUUGGCGGGAAUUCAGGGAAGCGGUUGGGCCUGGUUGGUCAAGGACAAGCAAACGGGGGACAUCAUGAUCAAGACUUAUGCUAACCAAGAUCCCGUUACCGGCCAAUACACUCCCCUCCUUGGAAUUGACGCUUGGGAGCACGCAUACUACCUCCAAUACGAAAACCGCAAGGCGGAAUAUUUUAGUGCUGUUUGGGAUGUCGUCAACUGGAAGACAGUUGAGAAAAGAUAUGCCUAG